UACUUCAUCGUGCACAACAUCGCGAAGAAGCACAACGUCGGGACGAUCGCGCGAUGCGCGACCGCGUUCGGCGUCCGCGCCGUCGUCCUCGUCGGCGCCAAGGCGUACAACACGUUCGGGUGCAAGGGCGCGUCGAAUCACGUCGACUUUCUCCAUUACCCGUCGCUCCACGCCGCGCGCGAGGGGCUCACGGCGCCGCCGCAUCGCGUGAGGAAGAUAAUGGGCGUGGAGAUCAUGGACGACGCGGUCGCGAUCGACGAGCGGCCUUUCGAGGGGAGCACCGCGUUCAUCAUGGGGAACGAGGGCGACGGGCUGACGGAUGCGCAAAAGGCGAUAUGCGACGGCUUCGUGUACAUCCGCCAGCACGGCGUCGGCACCGCGAGUCUCAACGUCUCCGUCGCCGCGUCGAUCGUGAUGCAUCACUUCGCGCUGUGGGCGGCGUACCCCGAGCGCGGACGCGAGGGCGAGAAGUUCGUCGUCGCGGAGCGAAGGCUGAGGACGGCGAAGAGGGGGGUCGUCGGCGACGCGCCGGAGGAAGUUCGCGCGAGGAGA